GCACACCCAUGUGGACAGAGCCGUGUAGUGUACUCUAGUUUAGGCCACACCCACUCCCCCCACACAGGAAGUGGACCGUGGAAACAAAGUUGAAGGACAAAACAGAGAACUCACAUCUGGCCAGCUUUGCUCACUUCUUAUUACAUCCACUGCUGCCGGAUCACGUCAGACUGCUGGAUAAUGGCUGCUCUCAGAGUUUGUCUCUCUCUGACCAUUUGUUUCCUGCUGGCUCAUGGAACUUUGGCCAAGAAUGAUGCCCCGUGCCAGCUCACCUCCUGGAAGAGCGGCUUCAAAACCUUCAUCAAACGGCACAUUCCCAAUGGAGCUCCUACUUCACUGGACCAGAAUGAAUGGGAGAACUACAUCAGGAAAGGUGGCUGUGACAGACCCACGCAGUCCUUCCUCCACCCACGGGACGAGGAGAGGGUGAAGGCCGUGUGCACAGAGAGAGGGGGGAAGACCUACAAGGACAACCUGUGCAUCAGCCGGGAGCCUUUCAACUUCAUCACCGUGAGGAGUGUCAAGGAUACCUGCGGGAUUAAAAGCAUCACACCAGAAACCAAACACCUGAUACUGGCCUGUGAAGUGCUGGAAAAUCAGUGCCUUCCAGUCCAUUUUGAGGGAAACCCCGACAACGACAGGCCCAGUAACAACGCCAGAGGCUGCAGGGAUCCACAGGGUAGAAGCCAUGCCCCCAGCUUUAAAACCACGUGGCUCUGGUUGUUGUCAGUGCCUCUAAUUAUCAUUUCUGGCUAAUAACUUUUCUUUAAAUUGAAGGAACUAAAGAAGACGGAUGUUUUUAAUCAGGGCGCAUUAUUGAAAACAAUCAUUUAAAUCAGGUCAGCAGCAUAUCUGCCAUAUAUUUUAAAGGAACUGAAUUCACUUUUGAAAAUUGGAAGUAUAUUUGUAACAAGUUUCUACUUUUAUUUGCAUGUGUCAGUCCAAAUCUGAAGCGAAGUGUUCAAAUCAUUUACUACAUCCUGACAAUUUUUUAAUAAAUUUUUGUUACAAACGGGA